AGGAACCAAUCGCAAUGCACGUCGACCCGGAAGUACGCAGUCAAACAAAAAGAGCGCCCUGCCGAAGGUUUUGAAAAACAGACGUUGAACUAAGCCUCGGACUCCUCCCCAUCCCUCCACGGUCGUCGUCGCCCCCCCCCCAGCCCCCAUGAGCUUCAGCCCGGGGGUGAGCGACCCCUCGGGGGCCAGCGUGAUCCAGGAGCAGAGGGACCGCUGGGCCCGCAAGAGGAGCCGCGUGGCCCGCGAGCUGGUGCUCACCGAGCAGCGCUACUGCCAGCAGCUGGAGCUGGUCAACACCUACUUUGUGGAGAUUCUGAAGGCCAAGGAGACCCUGAGGCCGAGCGUGGUGGAGUCCGUCUUCAGUUCAAUUAAAGCCAUCCAUUCAGUAAACCAGUCUCUGCUGGUGCACGUGGAGAACGGCUACCUGGGCCGCGGCUUCGAGCAGUUCUGCCCCCACCUGCCCCACUACAACGUCUACGUGGACAACAUGUACGACGCCAGGAAGGUCCUCGCGGUGAGGGAACCGCCUCGUACCGGCUGCACACACUUCGGCGGAGCCAUCUGGUUGCAGAGUGCAACUAUAAUCAAAAAAUGUCCAAAAGCAAAAUCUUUUAAUACUGAUCCCAGCACCCAAAUAAAGACUAGAAGAGGAUUAAAUGUUGAAACAUUGCUAGCAAGACAAAGAAAUGCCGUAUCUCUUUGAAGGUAUUACGAAGGGGCCCCCCCUGAGACUUUUAAUUCAUCGGCUCCAUAUCCAUUCUGUACAGGAGCUUGUUUUUCUGGCAUUAAGCCAAGGCUUUUAUCCAAAGCGACUUCCGACAGUUCAAACACACAUUCACACGCCGACGGCGGAGUCCACCACGCAAGGCGACAGCCUACUACUAAGAAGCGGUUAGGGUGAUGUGCCUUGCUCAGGGACACCUCGACAAUCGAACAAGCAAUCUUCCGGUUACAAGUCGAUCUACGUCCUGAGCUAAGCAAACCACAACAAUGACAUUGAUCUCGACGUCAUCCGCAGACUUUUGAUUGUUGCAAAU